CACCUGGUGGUAGUUUGUCCGCUAUCGUAGCUAAUACAUAUACUAAAAAUGAAGUCAUUUCUCUCGGUCUGUGUGCUUCUGGCUCUCGCUCUGAGCCAGGUCAAAGCCAAUUGUUCCGGGGACUGUCCAGACACGGAGGAGGUUGUCUGGGCUAUGAGCCCUGGUGGUGGAGGGUGUAGUGUCUUCCGGAAUAAGUGCUACUUUGACAAGGCGAACUGCACUCGCAAGCCACCUCUGACCAUCACUACCAAGGAGGAGUGCCAAAAAAAGUGCGCCGACAUCUGCCCCGCGAUAUAUCAACCCACUUCUGGCACUUACAAGGGGCAGACCCGAAACUUUGGCAAUGAGUGCGAAAAGAUUGUUUACACAUGUCGCACUGGCGAAACCUUUUUGUAGAAUAAUAAAAAACCCCUGGAAGAUUUUACUCUAUUAAACAUAAAGACGUUUAAAGGAA